AGAUCGUCCGAGAAGAGCGGUUGUUGGGUGGGGGUCACCGCGCAGGCGGCUAGGGCGGCUCCUGCAGCCCGAGACAGGUGCUGAUCGCCUGUCUUUCUCGAGGCACCUCGUCUUCUGCCCCCACAGCGAAUUGCCUUACAAAUUAUGUUUCUUGGAACUUUUCGCUGGAUGUAUUUCACUUACACUGGCACUUCCAGGAAGAGCAACCAGGGGCCUUGUUUAAGUGUGUUUGGGAAGCAGAUGAGACGAGAUCACUAUCAGAAUGUGCUUUUGAGAUUCUCCAGUUAUUGUAUUUGUUUCUGGAUGUGACUGUUCAGACUUAACCAGUAAAAUAGCAAAUCCCUCAGCACGAUAUCAGAUGUUCUUCCAAUGGCAGCUGUUUUUCUAGGCCCCAGUAAACCUGGUCACCUGUAUGUUGUCUUUUCCCCUUUUCCUGUGACCACACCGCCCCAUGGCGUCAGAGCUGCCAGCCUCCACCGCCCCUCUGCGUUUUCAUGGCCUUUGGGUGACUUUCAGUGGACACAGCGCCACCCCCACCCCCACCCCCCUCCUCAGUGAAACAAGUGCCUGCCACGCUGGGCCUUCAGGAGAAGCUUCUGUUGGCAAUUCUUGUGCUUGUAAAAAAUGGGAAGUAGGUCUGUUUUGAAUGACUUCAGAGCGUAUCGUUCUUAAAAAAUGCACUUCAGACUUGACUGAGGCCAGCUUGCUGCCUGAAACCAGGGCAGCCUGUGGCUUUCUGUAGAGAAAGACUAAUUUUUUGGUAUUUUCGCUAUAAUGUGGUGAUGAAAUUAGGAGACUAGGAAGGACGGAGUAGUUUUCUCUGUCUGUUGCUGUGAGUAAGCCAGAUUUGAAUUGUGAGCUACGUUCAGCUACUGGAGAAAGGCACCUCGGGAGAGGAAACUGCUCACGAGGAGCCUGACUGUGAACUUGGAGGGGUUCCCCUGGGGUGCCCAUGAGGGGCACGCCAUCUGCAGUCCUUGGAGUCCAUCUGCUCGAGGGGGCUUCCGUGUCCUCGGGGAGAGCCUUGUGGCGAGUUGGGGGGAUUCUGUGAGUCUUCGGAGGACACCAUUCACUUACAUUGAAGGAGAGCACAGAUGUCUAGUCCACCUGACAGGUGGUCACCGGGCAGCGCCAAACACACGCGUGCUCCAGUUAAGUCCUGCACGCGGGCACUCUGAGGAGGUUCGUGCACAACUCAGGCUGCGCCAAGAAUGUCCGGAGCCUUCGGAGAAGUGUGUAGGUGAUGCAGGAGGACCGGCAACAUGGCAGCGGUCCUGCCCCCAGGACCACGGGGAGGUCUGCGCGGGACGAGCCGGUGUCGGCGCCACCGAGCACUUGGUAGAACUCCCGGGAGGCGGUGGCCUGGGCCUGCACCCUGACAGGAUGUGCCCACGAGUUACAGCCUCCACGUCCAGGCCAGACGUGUGAUAGCCAUAUUCAUAAACGUCCCGAAAGGUGCAGUCACCUCGAAAACACUGAAGAUAAUCACGUCUGGGGAUGCAGACGAGUGUUCGCAUUUUUUUACCCAAACACACAGAUCAACACGAUGACACAGCCAGAAUAGUUAUGGUCCGUUAUGGAGAGUGGCCAGGAAAUCCAUCCCAAAGGGGACGGUGAUUUUGCUUCAGAAAAAAUAAAUAUUAAAAUAGAAAAGGAAGAUGACGAUCAAGUUCCGAAUUGCAAUUCGGAAAGAAUGGAUUUUAAAAUUGCACAAGAGGACAGGAAAGCAGCCGACAGUGGUGACGAACAGGCAGCGGCCAGAGAAGCCAGCUACAGCCGUAGGCCCCCAGGGAAGUACUUCCCCGCUGACCCCGAGGAUGACUACGGGGCCCUCUUCUCGCAGUACAGCAGCACCCUGUACGACGUGGCCAUGGAGGCCGUGACGCAGAGCCUGCUGUCCACCCGCAGCAUGAGCUCCAGGAAGAAGUCUCCGGCCUGGAAGCACUUCUUCAUCUCCCCGCGGGACAGCACGAAGGCCGUGUGUGUGUACUGCAUGAAAGAGUUCAGCCGGGGCAAGAACGAGAAGGACCUGAGCACCAGCUGCCUCAUGCGGCACGUGAGGAGGGCGCACCCCAGCGCGCUCAUCCGCGAGGACGGCAGCGUGUCCACCCUGGCGACCCUCUCGGCCCCUGCCCUGCUGCUCCCGGCACAGCCUGCCCGCGUCUCCGACGCGGGCUCCACCGCGUCGCCCGGCAGGCCUGUUCAGAAGACCGCCUCCAAGAUCCCCUCUCCCGAUCGGGCGACAGAAGCGUCUGUGUCUGUCCCGUCUUCCAAAGAGGUCCGCUCCGACUCGCCCGUCCCUGAGGGAUACGCCAGGGACGAACCCCACGCGGGGCCCCCUCCAGCCGUCCCUGCGCCCCCCUGUGACGACGCUGCGGAGAACGGGUUGGAGAAGAGCCUGCCGCCUCCGAAGAGCACCUCCGGGUCCCGCAGGUGGUCCGCGGUGUGGAAGCACUUCUACCUGUCCCCCCUGGACAGCUCCAAGGCCGUGUGCGUCCACUGCAUGAACGAGUUCAGCAGGGGCAAGAACGGCAAGGACCUGGGCACCAGCUGCCUCAUCCGGCACAUGUGGCGGGCGCACCGUGCCAUCGUGCUCCAGGAGAAGAGCGGGGGCGCGGGCGUGCCACCCCCUCACGCGGCGACCCCCACCCUGCUGCCCGCUCUCCCGCCUCCUGAGGGAGACCCGAGGGCUCUGUCCUCGUCACCAGGGAAGCCGGUCAAGGAGUCCUUCCUGACGUCUUGUCCCCCUGACCGGCCGACAGAGGGCACGCCAGCACGGGUGAACCCUGGGGACGCACUGACGGAAGAGUCUGUGCUGUCCUCCUCCGAUGACAUUGGCGAGGCCUCGCUGGUGUCCUCUCCUGAGAAGCAGCCGGGUGACGGGUCGAGCCUCCCCAUGUUCGAGUCUGGUGCUAUAUUCCAACAGAACAAAAAGGUGAUGAGGAGGCUGAAGUCGGAGGUUUGGCAUCACUUCUCGCUGGCCCCCACGGACAGUCUGAAGGCUGUGUGCAGGCACUGCGGUUGUGUCAUCAGCCGGGGGAAGAAGGGUGACGUGGGCACCAGCUGUUUGAUGAGACAUCUCUACCGGCGCCACCCAGAAGUUGUCGGGAACCAGAAGGGCUUUCUGGGGGACACUUUGGCUUCCACAGAAAGUUCCUCCUCCAGAUUAACUGACUUAGCAACAGCGGUCCCCAGAAACAGUCCAGUUCUGGUUCCCGUUCACAGCAAGAAGACCUCCAAGCUGUGGAACCAUUUCUCCGUCUGCUCCGCAGACCCCACUAAAGUCGCCUGCCUGCACUGUGGCCGGACGAUAAGCAGGGGGAAGAAGCCCACGAACCUGGGCACCAGCUGUCUUCUCAGGCACCUACAGAGGUUCCACGGCAGUGUGCUGACGACCGACGUCCCCCAGUCCACGCCACCGCCGCCGCUGGGUGUCCGUGUGCCCCCGAGUGCAGAACUGUCAGGAACUGCCUCCUUCGAUGACACCGAUGAGAAGUUCUAUGAUUCUCAUCCAGUUGCCAAAAAGAUAACAAGUCUCAUAGCUGAAAUGAUUGCACUUGACCUCCAGCCAUACUCUCUUGUAGACAACGUUGGCUUUAACAGGCUGCUCGCAUACUUGAAACCUCAGUACUCUUUGCCCCCGCCCUCCUACUUCUCCAGGACCGCCAUCCCAGGAAUGUACGAUAAUGUGAAAGAGAUCAUCGUGUCACACCUGAAGGAGGCAGAGAGCGGCGUGGUCCACUUCACGUCCGGAAUCUGGAUGAGUAACCAGACCCGGGAGUACCUGACGCUCACCGCUCACUGGGUCACCUUCGGCUCCUCGGUCCGGCCGCACUGUGAGGACCACCACUGUUCGGCGCUGUUGGACGUGUCACAGAUGGACUGUGACUACAGCAGCAGCAGCAUUCAGAAGCAGCUGGAGUGUUGGUGGGAGGCCUGGGUGACGUCCACCGGCCUUCAGGUCGGCAUCACGGUGACCGACAACCCCAGCAUAGGGAAGACGCUGAAUGAAGGGGAGCACUCCAGCGUGCAGUGCUUCAGCCACACGGUGAACCUCAUGGUCAACGAGGCCAUUAAGAGCCAGCGAAUGGUCCAGAACCUGCUGAGCAUCGCUCGGAAGGUGUGUGAGCGGGUGCUGCGGUCACACAGAGCGAAGGAGAAGCUGGCGGAGCUGCAGAAGGAGUACGAGCUGCCGCCGCACCACCUCGUCCAGGACGUCCCGUCCAGGUGGAGCACCUCGCUGCGCAUGCUCGAGCGGCUCAUCGAGCAGAGGAGGGCGGUGGACGAGGUGUCCGUGGAGUGUAACUUCCGGGAGCUGAUCAGCUGUGACCAGUGGGAGGUCAUGCAGUCCGUGUGCCACGCGCUGAAGCCCUUCGAUGCCGCGAGCCGGGAGAUGAGCAGCCACGUGUCCACGCUCAGCCAGGUCAUCCCCAUGAUCCACAUCCUGACCAGGAGGGUGGAGAUGCUGUUCGAGGAGACCAUGGGCAUCGACACCAUGCUGAAGUCUCUGAAGGAAGCCAUGGUGAGCCGGCUGUCUGCCACCCUCCACGACCCCAGGUACGUCUUUGCCACACUGCUGGACCCCCGCUACAAAGCCUCCCUGUUCUCCGAGGAGGAGGCCGAGCAGUACAAGCACGACUUGAUCAGGGAACUGGAAAUGCUGAACUCUACCUCAGAGGACGUGCCCGUCCCCAACGGGUGCGAUCCGGACUCUCCGCCCAGAGACUCCAGUGGGGCCGAGAGCCUGUGGUCCCUCAUGGCCAAGAUGAAAAAGACAGACGCGAGAGAAAGGGCGAAGGCGCCCGAGGCCAUGGUGCUCGCCUACCUGGGGGAGGAGGUGCUGGAGCACAGCUGCAGCCCGCUCACCUACUGGAACCUGAAGAGGGCGGCCUGGCCCGGCCUGGCAGCCUUGGCCGUCAGGUUCCUGGGCUGCCCCCCCAGCACCGUCCCUUCGGAAAGGCUGUUCAGCACCCCCACCGAGAACGGCGGCUUCGGCCAGUCCAGGCUUCUGAUGGAACAUUUUGAAAAACUUAUCUUUUUAAAAGUGAACCUUCCUUUAAUAUACUUUCAGUAUUGAAGUCACCACGGAGCCACGGGCUGCAGACGAUGUCGCUCACCGGGCACCAGCUGCGGCCGGGCGGGCGGGCCCAUGCCGAGCGCCCCUCCCAGACCCGCCGCAGCGUCUCCAUGUGCCUUACUCCUCGUUCUUCAGGCCGGGUACAUGGCGUGUUUCUUAAGAAGCCACUAGAAAUAGCCAGUCUUGUCAAUGAUGAAAUACGAUGAUUAAGUUUUAAUCUGUAACUGUAAAGUUUUUUAAAAGCUGGGGGUAGUGACUUGUUUUACUAGAAUGAUAUAGAAGAUGUAAACAGUUUUAUUCUGUACUUUUUUAUUAUGUAAAAACCACAAAUCAGGUACUGUAUUUUAGUGAAAAAUUGUUUUGACUAGAACAAAACAGCCUUCAUGGCUGUCCAGCAAAGGCUGCGAAUCGGAGGUGGAGCUGAGCCGUCCGACCGAGCGGCGCUCCCUGCAGCUGUGCUGUGCCCGGGCUGCGGACUGUCCGGGAAGGCGCCCUCACCGCAGCGGAGGUGCGGGGAGGCGGCUGGACUGGUGUGCCUCGUGCAGCGCGGGUUACACGGCAGUGGCCCAGGAGAGCGCCCAUGUCCCCUCUCUGUCCGGGUCUCACGGCCAGUCAACUUGGAGGGCCCCCGACCGUGCGUAACGUGCUCCUCGCUGCCCGGCCUCCAGCCGGGUCGCCCGCCUCACGCUCACCGCGGUCCUGGUGACCGAGCCUCCACGCCUGCCCCGGUGUCUCUGCACUCUGAAGGGGUCUUUUGAAAUUUGUGUAGAUUCCCCCAAUUCAAUGAAAUCACACAUAAAAUUCUUUUUAGAAGCGUUGGCUUAUUAACAGGGAAGAAGAUUGUUAUAUCACAGUUGUCAGAAUAGCCUUAGGUGUCUAGGUUUUUAUAACGGGGAAGACUCAGCCAUCACGGGUGUUUUAGAAUCCCGAGGACAUCAGGAUGAAUUGUCGCUUGUCAGAUUCUUUUAACAAUAAUGUGUCUCAGCGUUGUUGCUUCAGCAGCUACAGGAGGGUUCAUUUGCUUAUUUUAUACCAAUGAAUCAGGCCAGGUGAAGCGGGUCACUCGUUGCCCCCGACCCUGUCCGAAAGUCAUCAGAAAUACUGUACCCAUCAGUCUGACUUCGCAUCACCUGUGUUUCAGUGUAUUUAUAAAUGGUGGACUCAGUUUCUAAAAUUAAAGUUUUUAUUUGCAAUUUUC